GACUAUAUAAUUAUAAAUAAAGGUGUCUAUCCUUCUUUACAUAAACUUGCAUAUACUAAGAAACCAGAGCAAUAUGCUAUUCCUGAUCAGUAUAUUGUUCGCACAACAUAUGGAAAAAAAAAAUAUAUCGCAGAAUGCUCUAUCCAAUAUAUCAAUGACAAGCCAUAUUUUGCAAUACAGUUUGACAAAUAUAUGGUUCAUUCAACAAAAUCUCCAUCAAAUGCCGCAGCUAAAUACUGCAAGGGUCUUAAAAAGCUAAAAAAUAAAGGAACUUUGUUAAGUGAAGAUAUUCAAGAAAUAAAUGCAAAUACGAUUAAUAAAAAUGAGAAUAAAAAGAAAGACAUUCGAAUGUCAGAUGUACAAUUGUUUGGAUUACAAUUAAAUUCUGUUCGUAUAGUUAGAAAAAUAUUAUCAUCUAAUAUCUAUCUUAAAGUUCAACCCUUUAAUAAUCUCAGUAAUUCUACUCAACGACGUCAUAUGUUGAUAAUGGCCAAACGUGUAUUUGAUCAAGUUGAAAUUUGUAAAGAAAACAUUUUUCAUAAAGAUGAUAAAGUUGAAAUUAAGCAAGCACGUUUUACUAUAAAUGAUAAGCCAUUUGAAAUUCAAUAUAGAAAAGUUAACCAAGAAAAGAUAGAUAAUUUGCAUUUGGCGGUUCUAAAAUUAUUAGAUAAAGGCAAGAUAUCUCGUGAAGCUUAUCGAUCAUUAGCACGUAUUAAUCAAGAUUUGCCAAGAGAGGGUGCAAUAUCAAGUACACGUCAAAGACUUAAUAAACAAAUGCAAAAUCUAGUUCCCUUAUUACUUAUAAAUGUAGAAGAAACCUCU